AGUAGGUACUUUGCUCGUUGAUUCGCUUCGUUCGUUCGUUUUGUACCACCAGAAGUGAAGUGAAAAAUUAGAUCAGAAGUUUUUUUUUAUUUUGUAAAAUAAAGAGAAAAAAUUUUUUUAUAUAAAAAAAAACGAUUUCCUUCUUUAUUUUUCAAAAAUUCCGUUUGCAAAAUUAUUCGGAACUUUUUUUUUUAAAAUAAAAUUUUAAUAACUCUUUUUUUUAAAUUAAGCAUUAUAAAUAAAAAAAUUAUUUAAGCUAGAAAAAUAUAAAGUGAAAAAAAAUUUAUUCGAAUUUGAAAAAUAAAAGAAAAAAAUUUAAGAAUAAGAAAAAUAAAAGAAAAAAAAAUUCACAAUGGAAGCAAAAAAGUUAUGAAUGAGUACGUGUUGGUGUUGAAUUUGUGUAAAAAAAUUUUCUAGAUUUUCAUUAGAUUUUUUUUCACAGAUUCUUUUAUUUUGUGAUGAAAUUAAAUUAUAUAAAUACGUAAUUAAUAUUAUUAUAUUUAAAUAAGUUAAAAAUGAAAAAAUGAAAUUUAUGCUAUGCAUGAUGAAAUCUAAUUCUUUUUCAAUUAAAUGAAUGAAAAUUAUAGUUAAGUGAAUUUGAAAAUAAAAAAAAAAAUGUGUAAAUAAAAAUACAGAAAACAACGAAAUAUUAUGGAAAAAAAAGUAUUUAAGUAAAAAUACGUAAUUUACUAGUAUUAAUAUUAUUGAAAUAUAAAGUGAAUUUAUUAGAAAUGAAACAAAAUGAAAUAAAAUGAAAAAUUAUUAGAAAAAAAACCGCCAAGUAAAUAAUAAUAUUUUGGGCGCGAAAUUAAAGCAUGCGUGUAUCACCUACACCUCUAUCAACAAUAAAUUAUACAAAGAGAACAACAAAUCAAACAACAGUAACAUCAUCAACAUUAUCAACAACUUCUUCACCAACAAUAUCAUUAUUAAUACCAACAGUAGUAGCAGCAGCAUCAUCAUCAUCAUCAUUAUUACAAUCACCAUCAUCAUCAUCGAGAUUAUCAACAACAUCAACUAUUUUACCAAUAACGUCAUCAAUAAAUAAAAUAAAUACCACUACAGUUGGGACUGGUGAAUUAAAUAAUAAUUGUAUUAAUAUUAGUAAUAAUAAUAAAAAUAACAAUAAUCGUACUAUUUUAUAUUCAAUUAAUAAAACUGAAACACGAGAAAGAUCACAACAGCCACAACAACAACAACAACAAAAAUAUUCAACUUUAAUAAAUAAAAAAAUAUAUUCAACAUCAAAUUUAUUUAAUAAUACAACAACACCUUCAAAAUCUAUAGUUAAUAUUACGGCUACAUCUGCAGGUACAUCUUCAUUAUAUCAACAGCAAUUAGAAAAUACAUUAAUACAAAAAUCAUCAUCAAUAUCUACAAAGCAAACAAAAGUUGGAGGAGAAGCAAUAGUUGCAUUAGUAUCAACAUCAACAUCAUCAUUAUCAUCAUCAACGACAGCAUUAUCAUCAUUAUCUACAAAUAAUAAUGAUAAUAAAUCAAAUUCAUUUUUAAAUUUAAAAGAUAGACAUGAAAAUUAUAAUAAACAAAUAGAACAAAAUCAGAAUCAAAACCAACGUCAACUUAUAAUUGCUUCUACAAAAAAAGAUAAUAAAGAAUUACAACAACAACAGCAACGAAAAAAUCAUAUUCUUCAACAAACGUCAAAUGUCCUACAGGAUUGCGAUACUGAAGAUGAGAUACCAGCGUCAGUAAUAAGUAGUAUUGGAACUGUAAAUUUUCGUAAUUCAAUUAUAACACAAAACCAUAUUAACAUAUCACAACCACAGAAGCAACAACAGAUACAACAUCGUCAAAUUUAUGUUUUAUCUAAUCCGACAAAAUUUAAUCAACCAUCUGUUUCAUCAUUAUCGUCAUCUGAUUACCAAAAUGGAUCAGUAAUAUCUCGUAUGCAUGAAUCUUCGAUAGUCAGAAUACCGGCCGGUGUUGCUGUCAGCAAUAACAACAAUACGUUUGGCCGAAUAAUUGCAAGCUCAGCGUCCGGUUCAAAUACAGUAUCAGCAACAAAUGAAAAUAGUAUUGCCGUAUUGAUAACGAAUCAUCAGCAAGCUGGCCAACAGCACAUCAAUACAGCGAAAUUUCGUGCUUCACCAUUAUCAAACAGUUCAGUUGCUACAACAUCUGGCAGUAUUAAUUCUACUCCAACACCGUCUAUUAAAAUGUUAAUACCACAGCAAGUUGCUGUGGCAACAGUUACAACUGUUGCUAGUCAACAGCAACAGCAGCAACAUCAGCAAGAGAUACAACAUCAACAACAACAACAACAGUUACAGCAACAACAGCAACAUCAACAACAGCAGCAACAACAACAAAAUCAACAAUCUCAAGCACGGGUACAUCCAAAGAAGCGAAAAUUUGAUUUAGCAGCUCUUGAGGAAAUUGAUUCUGCAAGAAAUAGCCAAGAACAGCAACAGCCGCAAUAUCAAUAUUCGACAGCGGCAGUAGUUAAAGUUGAAUCUAAUGCAAAUCAACCGGAUAUAAAAAUAUCAACAAAUAAUGAAUCUUCUGGAUCAGCAACAAUUGUUGCAUAUAAAAAUGGUGGUAAUGGUUUAAUAGAAACCAGUUGGCCACAAGAGCAUACCACUACAACGUUAUUAACUUCUGCGCCAUCUGGUUCAACAACUGAAACUGUUUAUACUAUACGAACCGUACCUCAAGUUCAAAUUGUAACCAGUGAUACUGGUCAUCAAAUGUUAAUUCAGCAGCAAAUUAAUAAUCGACCAUAUAACGAAACCGCUGAAAAAAAAAUUGUUAUUGCAGCAUCAGCUCAGAGCAACGAAAAUUACAAAUUGAACCAAGAACAAGGCAUUGGUGCAGGCAUCAGUCAUAUUAGUACAAAUCCGACUGGAAGAUCAUCUAUUGCAUCUCCGCAAGUUUCCGGACCAAAUGGAAACGAUGUUUUAGAUUUAAGUGAAUGGGCUAAUACUCGCGUUUUAGCUAAAUUAGGAAAUUUUUAUGUUCCGGGCAUUAUCAGAAAUGUGUCUGAUACCCCAAACACUGUGCAGGUUGAAUUUGAUCCACCGGAUAGUUGUAAAAUGACAUACAAUGAUUUACUUGCUUCUGGUCGAUAUAAUGUUAUUUUAGAUGCUAGUCCUCCUGCAGCCGACAUAAAUGUUGAUACUAGAGUCUGUGUUAGAACGCAAAUUGAAGGUCGAACUAGUUGUGUUUUUGUUGAGGGUGUAGUUACAGAAGUUAAUUCACAAACAAAACAAUUUUCCGUACAAAUUUUAGAUAACUUUAAUUCUAAUAAUUGUAAUACAGCACAAAAGCAUAGAACUGUGAAAAGAGCUGAUUUGCGUUUAUUGUUACCACCUUGGUUAGAUGAACUAAAUGAAAUUUCCUCAAAAUCUUCUGUUCAUAAUUUGGACACGAUUGGAAAUAAUUCUAACAAUAAUAGUUCAAUUGGAAAUCAUUUUAGAGCCCAUCAAAGAGCGGGUUCUGUUAAAACACCAUCUGGUGGUCAACAUAGUCAUGAAACAAAUAUCAUAUAUACCAAUAGUUUAGGAAAUAAUCAUAAGGAUCAAAGUAUAAAGCAACCAAAUUUAACAUAUGUUCGUUACGAAAUGUCUUCAAACAGUAAUACAAUUGAAGGUGGAAAUAGAGGGCCUUUACAAAUUCAUCAGGUUUUACCAACAUUACAACCAACGGGAAAUAAUGACGAGUACCAUUAUAGAAAUACGGCAACCUCGCCAUUACAUUUAGCACCUCAUAGUGUUAAUUCAAGUGGUAAUAAUAUUGCUGCAUUUGGACAAAUUCCAGAAAUAAUUGUUUCACAAAAUAUUUCUAAUAAUUCAGCAAUUGGAUCUGGUGUAAGUGGAAGUCAAUUAAUAGCCAGUAGUCCAUCCGAAGAAAUUCAAAGGCGCCACCAACAACAACAACAUUCUCGUUAUGAUGAAUAUGAAUCAGAUGACGAAUUGAAACGUGUCGAUAUUGGUUAUGGUAUCGAUGGUGAUGUUGAAAAAUUAUCAGGUAGUAGUAAACGUAGUAGUAUGCAAAGUCGUGGAAGUACAUCAAGUCUUUUGGAUCAAAGACUGACUCCAAGAUCUCAUCCAGCAACUCCAAGAUCUCAAGCGGCAACUCCGCAUCGUUUUAAAAAAGGUGAUGUAGUACAAUCUGAAUCAGGUGUAAGAAAAAAAUACAAUGGAAAACAAUGGCGUCGUUUAUGUUCAAAUCAAUCUUGCAAUAAAGAAUCUCAACGACGUGGCUAUUGCUCUCGUCAUUUAAAUCAGAAAGGUGGAAUACGUUCCUCUGGACCAAGUCGUUUUCCAGGUGAAAUAUGUAGCAGAUCUAGUAGUAAAACUCAACCAGAUGAAGAAACUUCUAGAGAUUCAGAAACUUCACCCAAUUAUCGUGUAACUGGUAAAUUUGAUCAAGAAGAAGCUGAUGUUGCAAAUUUCUUAGUAUCAAUUAGUAACUCACGCCCAGCAACGCCUUCGUUUUCUUCACCAACGAAUCAUGCGAACUCUCCGAUGAAUGCUACACAAUCACCAGUUACAGUAUCUAAUCGAAAUUUCUUUACACCGAUUGGAGCACCAGGUGUACCUAGCGGUCAUCAUCAACACAACCAAACUCGUUCUCAUAGUAGUAAUAACAACAACGGUCCAUUAGAGAGUUCAACUAAAUGGAAAAGCUCUCCUAGCCCAGUUUUGUAUAAUGUUAGUAGUUACUCUCAGGUAAUAAGACCAGAGUCUGUACGUCCGUCGACUGGAACAGUCGUAGUAACACCAUCAACUCAUACACAACCUUCACUUGUGCAAUCUCCAAAUUUACCACCACAGCAACCACAUCAUGUUAACCAGUUACAACAAAAUCACCAUCACGCUCAACAACCAAUGCAGACGCACCAGUCGCAGCAACAGCCUCAUCAAACGCAAAUGCAGCAGCAUGUGUCAUUUUCUAGCUCGACUACACAAAAUAUUCAGCAUACCGUAACUGUAGCUGCACCGCCAUCAACAGCAUUUGCACAAGCGAGUAAUAUGCCAACUGGUCAUGCUACUAGUGUCAUAAGAAUUUCACCAGCCUCCAGCAAUGCUAACAACAACACAUCACUACACCCAGUUAUUGUUGAUCCAACUCAUAUAAUACCUGUACUACCCGGAAGUGGUGCAGUCAACGUUGCUGCAGUAGUAAACAAUAACAGCAUUAUUACCAAUAAUAUUUCUAGUGAUAAACUAACGACUCCAAAAAACGGUAUUAGUCCAGGAUCGAUAUUUCAAUGGCAUACGCUUUUGCCUGUUAUAAAUUCUCCUGCCAAAAUUCAACAUCAACACUUAGGUCAACAAGUUCAAUCGACUUCUGGAAUUAAUAAUACUUCCCACAAUCAAUCCUCUGUUAAACAGCAACAACAUGAUCAGCAACAUCGCCAACAGCAAAUUCAACAACAACAACAGCAACAACGUCAGCAAGUUACACCUCCUCCAAUGGAAUUAAAAGAUGACUGUGAUGAUCAAAUUGAUGAUGAUGUUUUCGAACCAACACCAAGUGUAUCAAGUGGCAAUAGCAAUACCAAAGCUAAUCAGCAACAGCAACAUCAUGACCAACAAUAUCAUAAUAAUGGAUAUCGUCCAACAAUAUGUAGUACAAAUACAUUUGGUAGUAGUGAUAGUAGCUUUAGCGUAAAUUUUAAAGAAAAUGGAAGUGCAAAUACUCCUUGUAGUUCAGAAAAAAUGGAGAAUUUAUCAAUUGGUAACAAUAACCAAGUGUCUGGCUGUAAUAAUGAUACGAGCGAUGCUGCUUCUGCGGCAGCUGCAGCAGCGUUGACAAAACGGCGAUCACAAUCACUUAGUGCUUUACAAAGUAAAGAAAAAGAGCCAAUGAGCCCUUCAAUAAAGACAAAAAUACGUCGUCCGAUGAAUGCUUUUAUGAUUUUUUCAAAAAAGCAUAGAAAACUGGUUCAUAAAAAACACCCAAAUCAAGAUAAUCGUACUGUUAGUAAAAUUCUUGGGGAAUGGUGGUAUGCUCUAAAGCCUGAUGAAAAAGCAAAAUACCAUGAAUUAGCAGGCGCAGUAAAAGAUGCUCAUUUCAAAGCUCAUCCAGAGUGGAAAUGGUGCUCUAAAGACCGUAGAAAGUCGUCUAGUUCGACGAAAGAAUCCCGGGAUAGAAUGGAUUCUAUUGAUGGAAAUGAUUCAUUAGAUGAAAAAAGCCCCAAUACACCAGUUUCAGCUGAACCCGCUACCACAAUAACUGCGGAUAUAAUACCAUUGACAAUUGCCACGUGCUUAAGUGAGACAAAUAGUACAAUUAAAGAUGAAUCAAAAAACCAUAUGUCAGAAGAUAAUUGUCAUCAAUCUGAUGACGAGCAACUCAAAAAAUUCCAGAUGAUCGCAGCAGAAGAACACAAAAAGCCAUCAAACGAAUCAAGUCAACAAAUUGAUUUGAAAUGUGCUGAAAAAGUAACUGAUUCCGACGUCGAAGACUCAGCGUUUGAUGCUAGCAAUAAUCAUUCCGAAAGUCAUAAGAAAAACAUAGAUGGUUUGUUAUCAACAAAUUUUGCGAAUAACUCAUCUAAUAGUAAUGCAACAAAAUCUACUUCUGAAGAUAACAAAACAAGUAACAUGCAAACUGGAACCAACGAUAGAGAAAUAACAUUUAAACCAAAAGCAAUAAAAGCAUCACAACGAUGUGUUGAAAAUAGUAUUUUAAGUUACCAACCAAUUACAAGUUAUUCUUAUAUGAGUCCAAAAAAUCCUAUUGGAAUUACACCAUUUCAACCUACUGGUGGUGCUUUUAAAACAAUGCCAGCUAGUCCUAAAAGUGCAAAUUUGAAUAAAACUCCCAGUGGUGUUGAAAAUUUGUCAUCACCAUUAAUUACGGCAAUAAAACAAGAGCAAAAUACAAUUGGUGGUGUUAAUAAUAAUGAUCCGCAAACACCGCAAAAAUUUAUUCAAAUAAAACAAGAGCAACAGUCCCCAUUUGCUUCGAAUUGUGCGCCACAAAUAUUUACGUUUAAUAUGCCUAUUGCUACAUCAAGUGCUUCAUCUGUUGGUAUUACAACUGCCCAAUUAAAAAACUUUACAUUCAAUCACUCAAAUAAUAAUUUAACUUCUGCAACCAACUUAAAUUCAGAAAAUAAUCCAUCAGCAAAUAGUUCAAAUACAAAUGAUAAACAAGCACAUAUUGGUGGUAAUAUUGUUGUAUCUGGUGUUGGUGGGAGUGUUCAACCAACAACAAUAAAUACAACAGCUGCAGCUGUUAUUACAACUUUAAGCGGUACACCAAUUGGUUCAAUAUCAACCGGAAAUGGUGGAACAACACAAUUAAUAAAAACGACAAAUCAAUUGGGACAAAAACAAAUAAUGUUUGCUAUAAAUGGAAAUCAACAGCUGGCAUUUUUGCCUAUGACUUCCGCAGCAAACGCGCUUACUUCAGAUGAGCAGGCCUAUCUGAUUAAUUCAACUUCGCUCAGACAUACACAAACAAUUGACUCUCAGCAAAAUAAUAUUGGUAAUUCACAAAAUCUAUUGCCGACAUCACAAGUUUCCACAAAUGGAGGUUCUAUAAACAAUUCAAAUGCUUCUGUGCAAUAUAUUGUAAAGAAAGAAAUUGUACCAGAUUCUCCUUCCAUAUAUAAACAUCUCCCUUCCACGCCUCAGUCGACGACUUCCGCUGCGGAUUUGAAAUCGGAGCAUGCAGAAUCGGAAAAUAAGAAUGAGGGUAUUGACAGUGAUUGCAUUGAAGAGAAUACAUUUGUUUUGGCACCAACUCCUGCACAAUUAGGCAAAGCCCCGAAACAAAUAAGGCAACAGCAUGGAAUAAUGUCUACUUCUGAUUCUCAAAUAUCUACUACAGACAGCAUAACAACAACAACUAUAACGUCUGGAAACAUUUUAACUCCUGGAGGUCUACCAACACCAACAUCUUCUACGUCAAAUAAUGAUGAAAAUAUUCAGUUUUCUCCAACCAACAAAAAAAAUAUAUUGAAAAAAACAAAAAGCGAUGACAUGGAUAAUGUUCUUAAACAAGUCGAUUUUGAGAAAAAAUAUCAAGCACUGCCACAGUUCAAACCGGAGGACUGCCAAUCCCCUAGUGCGAUUUCAGUUCCAUCUUCACCUCGAGUGUAUGGUACAAACUAUCGUAAAAAGAACUCGCUUCAAAAGAUACAAAAUGAAGAUGAACAAUCAGAUAUUGACAGUGCAAUACCGAUGUCUGCCCAGAGAUUUUUUGGACCUGAUUUUAAUAUAGAUCAGUUACGAGCCUCUGAGUUAAUGGAAUCAGAUCAAACUGGAAGAUCACCACGUACUCCUCAAACACCAUUAACAAAUCAAAGCGGACGUCAAGAUGCUAAUGAAAAAGGCCACAGGAAACUAUUAGAACAAAGAAGGCAAUUAGUUUUACAAUUGCUAAAAGAACAUGGCAUGUUUCCCAGUCAACAAGCAACACAUGCUUUUCAAGCACAGCAUAAAGAUAUUUUUCCACGGCGGCAGGAUUUGCAAUUAAAAAUACGUGAAGUAAGGCAGAAACAUAUGUCACAGCCUGGUUUCACACCUCAGUCAGCGACUCCAGGUCCAGCGACCCCAAUUGAAAACUCCACAGGAUAUUCAGUGGAAUGUCAGCAAACACAAUCUCAACAGCAACAACAACAGAAUUUGCCUCUGAAUCAACAGCAACAAUCUCAAACUCAACAGCAAUCACAGCAGCAGCAACAAAAACAAUAACAUUGAAAUGAAAAUAAAAAUUUACUAAAAUCGUAAAAAAACCAAAAACAAAGAUAUAAACUGAAAUGUUGAAUCAAAUUUACUUUAAAAUUUGAAUUGAAUUUACUAGAAAAAUAAAAAUAAUAAAAUGAUUUCUUAAUUUAAUUUAGGACAAAAAACAAAAUAAUGAAACUUGAAAUUCUUGCAAAAAACUAAAACCUAAAACUAAACAUUUAUAAAUAACUUUGAAUUUUUUGAAUGAACAAAUAUGAAAAAAACAAAAGCAGAAAAAGGAAUAUUAAUAAUAAUUAUACAGUUGAAAUAGGCUAUAUGAGGUCAAUAAUAACCCUCUUUAGGAAAAUAAAUUAAAUAAUGAAAAUCUUUGAUAUAAAAAACAAUUAUUUAUAUUAAUACAUACAUACACAUAAUAACUGAAAUAAUAUUUAAAAAAAGUGGCAAUAACUAUAAUUUAUACAUGAAGCAAGGAGAUAAUUAUGAAAAUAUUUCUAUAUUUCGAAACUUACAAUUUUAUUACAAUAUAUAUCAGAAAAGCCGGAAAGCAAAAAAGAAUAAGAAAACUUUAUUUCUCGUAAUAAAAAAAGCCAUUCUAUUAAAUUAUUGCCAUUGAUUUUAAAAUGCAAAUCUGAAGUUUGUUAGAGAAGUUUUUUACCGAUUUCUUUUAUUUUUAUUUAAAAACAUUUUUUUUUAAUGUGUCUUGAAUUUGUAUUUUUUAAUUACUUAAAAAAAAAUUAAAAAAAUAUGUAAUACAUAGUUUUUUUUUAUUAUUUUAUUUUAGCAUUUAUUAUAUUUUUAUUUAACAUUUUUUUUUGGGGUCAAACACUUUAUCUCUUUUGAAUAUUAUUUUUUGUUUUAAAUAAAUUAUUUUUGCUAAAACAACUCUGAUCUAUUACUUUCAAAAAGGAAAAAUAAAUAACAAAUACUCGAAAAUUGAAUAUCUAUGCACAAAAAAAAAUUUAAAUUUAAAAUUGAUAACAAUUGAUUUCAUCCUUCAUAUGUUGAAAGAUAUAAAAUUUAAUUCGAAUGUGAUUUAAAAAUAAGAACUUAUAAAAAUAGAAACUAUUUUAGUUAUCAGAAUCUCACUGCAGGAUGCAAAUAAUACAAGGAAAUUUAAACAUUUACAAAAAUCUUUGUACUUGCAGGAUCGUCUCCUUCCUAUGAAAUAAACAUUACUGAUUAAUUAUUCAUCUAACUAUUUUUUUCAUUUCUGAUCAUAAGAAAUUUAUUUUUCAAUUAAGUGAUACAGCAAAUAUUAAAGCUGAAAUUAAAAAAUUUAAAAUCAAUUGUUCGCAAUUUUAAAUGUUGAAAUAUAUUUUAAAUGAGCUAAAAAAUAUUUUGGAAAAAAAUUAUUUAUCUAAAAUAUUAUUAACAGAAAAAACAAAACAAAUUAUGGCAUAUACAUAAAUAUGUCUCUUCUUUUUUAUUUUGUUUUAUUUUUCCUUUUGCAAAAUUAAAAUAUAAAACGUA